UCUGAGAACAGAGCAGGCAGUCCUCACAGGCAGCAACGAGCUGUCCUUUAUAAAAGUUGCUGAAGCCUUGCAUACUUCCUCCCUGGGCUUGCUUCUCAGAAAAGAUGAAGCUCGUAUACACCCUUUUGCUCCAGACAGCUUUGCUGCUUUUCACAAAUGGAUCUACUGUGCCAGAAGAUAGCACAGAUGCUGUUGGAGAAGAAAGGCUGACUGAUGCUUGUCCUAUAAAGCUGAAAACUAGCGGGAAAUGUGAUGGAGAGGAAUGCCCUUAUCAGGUUAACUUGCCUCCAAUGACCCUCCAGCUACCCAAACAGUUUCGACUGAUUGAAAAGACUCUCAAAGAAGUUCAGAAUCUUAAGGAAGUUGUAAACAAGCUGAAGAAGUCCUGCCAAGAUUGCAAGCUGCAGGCGGAUGACAACCAAGAAAGAGACAGCCAUGAGUUCCUGCCACCUGGCACAGACGACAGUUCAAGAGAUUACAGCAAAAUACAAGACAACAGAGUCAGAGAACUGCACAGCAAGGUUUCCAGGCUGUCAGCCAGCCUGAAGAAUGCAAGGAACCAGAUCUAUUCUUUACAGGGUCGCUUGGAGCAAAUGAGCCUGGUAAACAUGAACAACGUGGAGAACUUUGUUGACAACAGAAUUGCCAACCUGACAUUCGCUGUUAACAAUCUGAGUGAUAAGUGUUCUUCAAACUGUCCAGCCACACAACCAAGUACAGGUAUUCAGCUUCUGCAAGGAGACUGUUCCAAUUAUUAUGCAGCAGGCAAACGGCAUAAUGGAAUUUACAGAAUUGCUCCUGAUUCAAGAAAUAAUAGUUUUGAUGUAUACUGUGAAAUGGAAUCUAUGGGAGGUGGCUGGACAGUGAUACAGAUGCGUCAGGAUGGCAGUACCAACUUCAACAGAACAUGGAAUGAAUAUAAGAAUGGCUUUGGAAACCUCAGCAGAGAGUUCUGGCUUGGAAAUGACAAAAUUCACCUUCUGACCAAAAGCAAGGAUAUGCAGUUGAGGAUUGAACUUGAGGAUUUCAAUGGCAUAAGAGAAUAUGCAAAAUACGAACAAUUCUACGUAGCCAAUGAAUUUCUCAAAUAUCGCCUAAGCAUUAGUGGCUACAGUGGCACAGCUGGGGAUGCCUUACAUUAUAACAAAUAUUAUAACCAUGAUCAAAAGUUCUUCACUACUCCCGAUAAAGACAAUGACAGGUAUCCAUCAGGAAACUGUGGUGCAUAUUAUAGCUCUGGAUGGUGGUUUGAUGCAUGUUUGGCUGCUAACCUGAACGGCAAAUAUUAUCAUAAAAAAUACAAAGGUGUUCGCAAUGGCAUUUUCUGGGGUACCUGGCAUGGAGUUUCUGAUGACAAUAUUAAUAGUUACAGGCAACCUUUUAAAAAGGUUAAAAUGAUGAUCAGACCCAAAAGCUUUAUGGCAUAAAUUAGUAACAAGUACACCAACAAUAAAAGGAAUACUUUCUCCAAUACUGGUACUGUCCCUCCAGUAUUUGAGUGCAUCUGCUAUA